AGUGAAGGAACUUCGUUGUUGUCGUUUGGUGUAGUGCGCCGUGUUAUAACCUCGUUUCGCACGAAAAUGAAUUCGUAUACGGAUCCGCUUCGUUUGAACGAAGAACGUUUGUUUGUAGAUUUGAUGGAGAGUUUGCCAAAGAAUAUUAAAGAUACGAGGAACAUCUUAGAAAUUCGUGACAAUGUGCUGUACGUGUGGAACCCGAAGGAAUUUUGUGUGAUGGCAUUAAACGUUGCGACAACGCGUGGAAAAAACGAUGUCCCUUAUCAAAAACUUAGACCUACCGAUAUUCCGAUCUUCGAAAUAAAGAAUCUAUUAAUUAACGAGACUGGCACGCAACUGGUAUUGUGGGGCAAUCUAGGCUUAGUUCUCAUGGAGCUUCCCAAACGUUGGGGUAAGGAUGCCAUGUUUCAAGGUGGGAAAGAAGAAAUACUCUGCAUUGUAUACAAUGAAACGAUAAACAUUCGGAAGGCAAGGUGGCAUCCAGGAUCUACAAAUGACUCUCAUUUGCUAGUUCUAACAUCUGAAAAUACAUUUCGUUUAUACGAAUGCGAAGUGGGUAAUAGACCAAAGUGUCUAAAAUCCUGGAAAGUUGGUCGUGUACCAUUUGGCUCGCCAUCGAGGAUACCAGACUUCACAUCUUUGGGUGACAUAGCGGUGGACUUUGAUUUCGCAACGCCUACUCUACGCAGGCCAGAACUGUUUAUUGGCAAAGACAUCACCAAGGAUAAUGCGGUUGAUUGGAAUCAAAUUGAAUGGCCGAUUCUGGUUCUACGUGGAAAUGGAGAAGUGCUUAUUGUUCGUGGAGAUAUUUUGCACAAUGUUCAUGAAAAUCCAGUGGUAUCGGGAUCACUCUCUAUGUAUCCUCCAGCCGAUGAUAAUUAUGGAAUAGACUCGUGUUCCAUUAUGUGUCUACAAACUACACCGCCGAUAGUGGUCAUCGCUAUGUGUACUGGGAAGAUUUAUCAUGCGAUCUUGUUGAAAGAAGAAACGAUCAACGACGAUGAUAACGAUAGAACGACUUGGUCACAGUAUGGUUCGACUUACAAUUUUCACACACCAGAGGAUGCAUUAUACGUUUAUGAAUGCGUGGAAAUAGAUCUAGGUCUGUUUUUCGCAGAUAACGAUGAAAAAUAUAAUUGUCCGAUACAUCUUCACGCUGACAAACAUAACAAGUCAAGGUAUUUCUGUUCUCACAAUGCUGGAAUCCACAUGAUCACUUUGCCGAUGGUUUCUCAGUUAGAUGAAUACAUAAAUGCUUCGAAAGAAAACGAGGAUACAUGUUUACCAUCGCUAUCGAAUCAACCCAGUUUGCAGUACUUAAUCUGUAGAAGAACCAAGCACACAGAACAGAACGAAGCUACACCAAUUCUUGGAUUUGGACUAUUGCAGGAGCCAUGCGUUUUAGUAGCUUUGUUACAUACCGGUGAUGUCGUCACCCGUUCUGUUAUCGAUCUUUACUACUUUCCAGAGAUCGAACUUCCAGAGCUUAUAAUUGACAAAAAAAAGAAAGUAAACAAGGAGACGUUCGACGUGUACAUAAAAAGGUUGCUGAAACGUGAAACAUCACAACCCCUUAUCAAAAUUGGUUCGAAAUCUGUCACUCCACGAGAAUGUUUACAGCUUUUAUAUCACGCCACGGAUGUCUUUCGUAAAGAAUAUUUUGUCAAACAUGAUACAGUGAGGAAAGAAAUCGGGAAGAAAAUGCGUGCGUUGAAAGUAAUAAAAACCCAGUUAUUAAAAGAAUUAGAUACUUUGCUAGAAACAAAGAAAAAAUUGCAUCAGACUGCUGAACAGUUGGCUGAAAAGUAUGAAGAUAUUAAAGAUGAGCAAGAAAAAUUAGCGCAAAGAGCAAAAGAAGUAUUACGACUAGUGAAUUACAAGGAACCGUCUAUGACUCCUAUUGAAAGAGCAGAAGCAGAGGAAUUAAGGAAAAUGGAAAUAAAAAUAGAAGAAAUGAAAAUCAAAUUGCUAGAAUUGAAAACGAAAUCGGAGCAAACUGGACCUAUAGAGAAUAAUGAAAGCACUGGAAAGAAAAGAGAAAUUGUUUUUAGAGGUGAUCAAGAAAACGCCAUCAAAAACAACCUGGGACAAAUGGCAAAAGAUAUAAAAGAGUUAGUUACAGAAGUUAAAAAGUUGGAGGAAGAAGUGAGUAUAUAAAUUGAAUGAUAAAGUGUAUUACUAUCGUUAUUUGCAAACAAUUGUAAAUUACUUUACCUCAAAAUAUAGGAUUUUCGUAUAAUAAAAAAUGAUUUUAUUUGCAAAA